AUGCUGCCUCUUCGGCAACGCAUAUCCGAACCGAACAGCCCUCUCCCUGUGACGAUUUUUGAGACGCCUCCAAAAUUGCACUCCGCUCCUCCCUCCCCCGCUCCUCCCUCCCCCGCUCCUCCCUCCCCCGCUCCUCCCUCCCCUGCUCCUCCCUCCCCCGCUCCUCCCUCCCCCGCUCCUCCCUCCCCCGCUCCUCCCUCCCCCGCUCCUCCCUCCCCUGCACUCCACAUGCUGCUGCCUCUUCGGCAACGCAUAUCUAACGAGCCCUCUCCCUGUGAAGUGCGACGGAUUGUCAAGAUCCUUAAUUGUCUCCUCCUCCCCUGCUCUUCAUUUUGCAGCCUCCCCCACUUCCCCUCUCUGAUCUGCAGGCUGUGGGGCAAGGCGCUCUGGGGCAAUGCGUAUCUGAAGAGCCCUCUGCCCAACGAGGUGAUGGGGCGUAUGAGCAGGCAGUCUGAUUUCCUCAAGAAGGCGCACUGGUGGCGAGCCCAAGCGACGCGCUUCAUGCUGCGGUGGCCGUCGGCCUACCUGUGCCACAUCAUCAACCGCGAGCGCCACCACGUGUACGGCAUGCACGUGGCCCGCCAGGUCGUGGCAUCUCAGACAGACCAACGCUCCCUGCUGCUGGGAAAGUCCUCCCGGGCAGGCCAACGAACCCUGCUCGAAGACUCCCCGGGGAGUGGCAACAGGGUUUCUGAGGAGGAGAAGGAGGAUGGCACGAGGAGCGCCGAACCUCCAGAGUUCUGA